AUGCCUGUUCCUUCAACAGAGAGAGUGAGCUUUGCUCCCGAUCAACUUCGGUAUCCCUCUGUCUCCAGAAGCUUCCAGACUAUCCUCGACAAGCUGGUCGAGCAGCAUGUCGCAGAGAUCUCCAGCUACGACCGUUCGUUUGCACGAGCGGACGAGCCGCCUUCGUCACAGUCGUCGAGGCAAAAUGUCACCAGCGCGCGGAUCGAGCUACCUCCCCAGGAGUCACCGAAGGGCUCUGGGUCUCAGAUUUCAUUCCGCGGAUUUUCCAACGCCGGGUCGCAGAUGUCGCUUAUGACCGGCAGUGGCUCGCACGGAGGCCUCGCCAACAAGUUCCGCACGAGGUGCAUGCGAGAGAAGCGGCGCAGUGUCCACUCGGUGGACGCAAGUCAGGUUCUUGAAGCUCUGCACGAUAACGAGACGGACGUCGAGCAUUUCUUCCGUACGACAGACAGCAUCGAGCGGAUCUUCAAGGAUUUGGAGCCCGAUUUCAUCGACGUUGUGCAUGAGUCGAAGUUCACUCGCUUCGACUCCGAGUACAACCGCAUGAGCUGCUACGAGAAGCUGCGAUUCUGGCUCCAAUCUCACAAGUUUGAUUUCCUGAUUACCGCCUUCCUGUGCCUGAACGUCAUCUUCAUGGGCUUCGAACUCCAAUUCUCCGGCUCAGUCACAGGGGUCCAGAUUGAGUUCUUCAGAAACCUCAUCAUUCCGGAGAGUUGGUGGCCCAGCAUGGAGACGUUCUUCGUGGUAGGGGAUCAGAUGUUUACAGCUCUCUUCACCAUCGACGUGGGCGUCCGGAUCGUGGUGCUGAGGCUCAAGUUCUGGACGAUCUGCAUGAACUACGUUGAUGUCUUGGUGACUUUGGCUUCCCUCGUGGAGCACGUCAUCACGGCCAUGACGCCAGUAAACCCGACGCUCUUUCGGCUGCUCCGCAUUGGCAAGCUCGCCCGUGCUCUACGCCUGGUGACGAUGUCCAACACCUUGGCUUCCCUUGAGCUCCUAACGAAGUGCCUGCAGUCCAGUUUGGAUAUGCUUUUCUGGUCCUUCUGCUUGCUGACUUGCAUCCAGUGUGUCGCUGGAAUGGUGGUGAGUGCCCUUUGCCGCAGCUUCAUCGAGGACCCGGCACAAAACAUCGAGGUGAGGCAAGAAGUGUUCAGGUACUACGGCACCUUCACACGCACCUUCCUUUCCAUGCUCCCAGGCUUUGUCUUAGGUGGUGCUGCAUAA